AUGUCAGCGGAAUCUACUGCGGUAUAUCAACUCAAAAAUCACUUUCUGCAACUCUUGGAAUUCGAGUUGGAAAAAGUUGACAAAAUUUACCUGGAUUUUUCAAAGGUAAGGGUUACAAGGAUGUAUUAAGCAUUGUUAAAUAUACCAAAUCUACCACGCUGAAAAUGAUCCAGAACUCAAAAACUGUAAAAUUUCAGGAUUCGAUGAAAGCAGCGAUGGAAAAGUUGAUAACAAUUCAACAAAUCAGGAUGUUCUUCCUAGAAACAAGAAAGGAUUUGGACGACGCUCGGAAAAUUCAAUAUGGAAUUUUAAAACCAGGUAAGAAAUUAAAACUUGUUUUGAACUUAUCGAUUUAUUCUUUCAGAGUUUCAAAAUCGAUUGUGUGUUGGCUCGGAGGCCACAGAUCACUGGAGUGUUGAUGAUCAGAUAAUCAAUAAGGUCAGUUUUAAACUAGUGUAUGAUUUAGUUUUGAAAAAUAUGGAAAUUUUCAGAUAAUGCGUCAAUUCAAACUACAAGGAUCUUCAACCAAGUGA